UGCUCGCCUUGUUAGGUCUGUUAUAACGCUUCCAGCAGCAGCAGGCGCGUGGAGAGCGCGCGAGAGGGGCGGCAGGGAGAGGGGCGAGGGGCGCAGACACCCUCCACCGAGCCAUGGAUGAUCAAAGGCUUUUAAGACUGAUUUAAAUCAAAAAUCAACUUUAUGAACAACAUGCAAAAGACAACAUUUUCCUUUAACUUAAACCUAUGUUUCAGUUUCCAUGAAGUUGCAAAUCGAAGAAGUUUCGGAAUCAAGAAAGUACUACCUGUCAACUGUUGGAUUAAUGCCUGAACCAGAAUUCUGGAAUCAUCCUACAAGAGUCGUAUAAGUUUACACGCGCGCUGUGACAUUGUAUGGUGGAAAAUAUGAAUAUUACAAUAAGAAUAUGGAUUCAUGAAUGCAUUUAUAGACAUUUUGGGACAACAUUAGACGAAGAGGAGUAAAGGUGAUAACAGUAUCAAUCUCGCCUCCCGACUUCUUUGAGGGCAAUUGAUUUAUUACUAUCGAGUGAUUUGAGCUGACGUUGCGUCCACUCCGAGUAGUAGAAACAUGAGUGGGGGCAGGUUUGAGUUUGAUGAUGGUGGGGCAUACUGUGGAGGUUGGGAGGGGGGCAAAGCGCACGGCCAUGGGAUCUGCACAGGACCUAAGGGGCAAGGGGAAUUCUCGGGCUCCUGGAAUUACGGAUUUGAGGUGGUCGGGAUCUACACCUGGCCAAGCGGAAACACGUACGAGGGGUACUGGUCUCAAGGAAAGCGCCACGGCUUGGGCAUAGAGACAAAAGGACACUGGGUAUACAAGGGCGAGUGGACUCACGGAUUCAAAGGAAGGUAUGGCACGCGCCUCAGUCAGGGAAGUGGCGCCAAGUACGAAGGUACAUGGAAUAAUGGACUUCAGGAAGGAUAUGGCACGGAGACUUACGCAGAUGGAGGCACAUUUCAGGGACAGUUCAUGGGUGGCAUGCGUCACGGCUAUGGCGUGCGUCAGAGUGUCCCGUACGGCAUGGCCGCAGUGGUCAAAUCUCCCCUGCGCACGUCCCUCACCUCUCUGCGCAGUGAACACAGCAACGGCACGCUGCUGCAACAAGACCUGCCGGUCAUCACCACCACCAACGCUUCGGGCCAGGAGACACUGGUCACCCCGUCCACCCCGGGUCCGUCCCGUGGUGGCUUCGCGCUCUCGCUGCAGUUUGACCCCAACGCUGUGCCGCCCAAGAAGAAGGGGCUGUUCCGACGCGGCUCGCUGCUGGGCAAGCUGAAGAAGUCGGACUCGCGCACCUCGCUGUCCAGCAACAAGAGCAAAAUCAGCUUCCUGGGACGCAGCGAGUCGGCCAUGAGCUCGGCCAGCGACGCCAACUCCACGGUCAGCCUGGGCGACAGCGAGCCGGAGGGCGAGGGAGGGGACUUCCCGCCAUUGGAGGCCGACAUCGACGCCACCACCACCGAGGUCUACAUGGGCGAGUGGAAGAACGACAAGCGCUCGGGCUACGGCAUCAGCGAGCGCUCCAGCGGCCUUAAGUACGAGGGUGAGUGGCUCAACAACCAGCGCCACGGCUACGGCUGCACCAUCUUCGCCGAGGGCGGCAAGGAGGAGGGCAAGUACGUGAACAACAUGCUGGUCAAGGCGGUCAAGAAGCGCGUCAUCCAGCUCAAGGGCACCAAGAUCAAGCAGAAGGUGGAGCGCAGCGUGGAGGGGGCGCAGAGGGCCGCGGCCAUCGGAAAGCAGAAAGCGGAGAUCGCCGCCUCCAGGACCAACCAUGCAAAGUCCAAGGGUGAGGCAGCUGACCAGUCUGCUCAGGCUGCCAACCAGGAGUCCAGCAUCGCCAGGGUGGUUGCCAGGGAACUGUCCCCAUCCUUCUACCAGCCAGGUCCUGAAUACCUAAAGAAGUGUGCACUUCAAGAGUCUGUACACUCAUGUGAAUCCUGUUUUGUCCAUAGGUCCUGAAUACCUAAAGAAGUGUGCAC